UUGUCAAAAUCUUUUCUUUUUUUUUGGGGGUUCACAAGAUUUUUAUGAACGAACGCAAACGCACUUCAUCCACAAAGACAACGGCGGAGACGACGAGGAGGCUGAGAACACCGACGGGGCAAAAGGUCGUUUCCGAUAACAAGUAGCUAACUUUUCGAGAUCAAACCUCUGCGGAAGAUGGCAUACAUAUCGAAUUGGGUCAGAUACAUGGCUCACAAGCUGGAGUACUCCCUCACUCUCAGCCUCAAGAAUCAUACUAAAGAGAAGCUAAAUGACCGGGAACUAGUUGGUGUAGUCGUGAAGAAUUUACUCUAUGGAAGGAUAACCUACUUACACUCUGGUAAAGGUCAAGAGAUGUCCCCAACCAUGGGAGCACAUGACAACACACUGCUUGUCCGUAAGCUACCUGUUGUUGAUACAAGGUAUGUUUUCGUUGGAGAUGCUGUUGUGUUGAAGGACCCGAAUGAAACAAACAAGUAUCUAGUGAGAAGACUAGCAGCGUUAGAAGGAUCAGAAAUGGUAUCAACUGAUGAGAAGGAGGAGCCUUUUGUUCUCGAAAAGGAUCAGUGCUGGGUCGUAGCUGAAAACCAAGAGAUGAAAUCUAAGGAAGCAUACGAUAGCCGAACAUUUGGUCCGGUCUCAAUGGCGGACAUAGUAGGAAGAGCUAUAUAUUGUCUGAGGACAGCCGUUGAUCAUGGUCCAGUUAGUAACAGUGAAUUCGCAAUGGAAGAGGAUUCUCCACUCUUGGCGGUAGAACUUGACGUGGAUGAAAUGGCUAAAAACCACAAGGCUUAGUAAUAACAAGGAAACCUUUGUAUCCCCUUUGUUUCCGUUGGUUCGAAACUCCAAUCUAGAUUCCAUUGGAGUGUCAGAGAUGUUUGUGGCGAAUGUUUGGCCGUUGGUUUCUAAGCUUUCAUACAGUUCCUUGUUGAGAGUGCUGAAGAAAGCUUCAUCAGCUUCUUCCUCUAUAAUUAAACACACAUUAAACCCAACCGAACAUGACAUUUGUUGAACCUGUUUUUUUGGUUUGGUUAAAUUUUUUAUUUCUCUGGUCAA